AGACAAACCCUACAACAUGAGCUUCACAUCCCAUUUCCUUUUCCUCUUACUCGCCUACCUUACCUCCCAGUCAAAUGGCUCCUCCGAUGAUGGCCGGGCACCCCCAUGUCAACUUCCACCAUUCACUAACCUGCUAUCUUUGAAUUCAAGACGAGAGCUACGAAAAAUCUGGGCUGGAUUUCACUCGUCGACGUCAGCGAAGAAGUGUGAGCGGCAACUCGCACAAACCAAAGAGCUCAUUGCAGGGCUGGCGGAGGAUAUGAAGAUGAAGAUUCUGGACUAUGAUCGGCCGACAGUUAGUCCUGUUGAAGAACGAAGGGGUACUAAUUUCCUAGCAGGACUCUCUGAAGAGCAGACUAAAAUGUUUUCUGGGAUAAUGUCCAACCGUUCAAUUACUCAUGACAUGCGAUAUGAUCUCCUGAGAAAUUGGGCUUCGGAGCAUUUGGAUCUGGAUGCCAUGAAUCAAGUGGAACAAUUUAUAUCGUUUCAGCAAAGGAAAAAUAAAAGCUUCAAGCUGAAGGUAGACAACCUAUCCUCUGAAGCCAGAAUCGCCCAUGAUCGCCUGGAAUCUCUGCGCCUCUUGAAACAAGAUGUCUACAGUAACCUGUCGGAAAGCGCAAGGAAGGAGUUGGCUGGGUUGUACAGAGCAAAAUGCCCACGUGGCAGUAUCUACGAAGCCAGUGACCUGGACGCUGAGGAGAUUCAACUAGCGUGUUCUGUGGAUGAUCGAAUUCCUCUGUUCCGAACCACCACAACUACCCAUUCUUCAUUGACAGCAGUCCCGGGAACCACUGAAGAAACUUCGACGGAGCCAGAGACCACUACAACGAGCACAACCACAACGGAGCCCACCACGACGACCUCAACUACUACACAGACUACAACAACUGUACCUACUAGCACCUCGACAAUUUCAACCACUUCUACAACUACCACCACACCUACCACCACAACCACAACCACCUCCACUACAACCUCCGAUGAUCUACUUUGGGUCAAAAUUACCACUACCCCUCCACCACCGGACACUACAGAAGGACGAUUGUCAUUUGAAAUUGAGAAGAGCAAUAAUACAGUACCCCUGAUCCCUUCGAGACCACACAAGGUUGCUUCAAUGUUUGUAGCGGAUCCGGAGAAGUUGACGGAUCUGUUGAAGCAGAUAUUUGGGCAUAAGAAUAAUGAUUAAUUGAUGGAGUGCGGGGCUGGUGAAACGGGCGAAUUACAUGCAACUCAAUUUUGACAGAACUCGAAAAAUGUCGGCUGCCUUUAACUUACCCGUUUUGCCACCCUUGCAAGCCAGUGUGAAAAUUUUAACAUUUUUUAAAAGUAGCCCAUGCCUUUCUUUUCUUGCUCCAAAAAUUUCAAAUAACUAGGGAAACUUAGCACAUAGUUACAACAGUUAGAAUAUGGUGAGCGCGUUGCCGCUCUCUAAUUUUUAGCCCACCAUAUCUCAGCUCCCAGUUGGCCAAAAAGGUUGAAAUUUUCACACUGAACUCACAAUUAAUUAUGCUACUAUUUAUUUAAUUUAAACUUUUUUUUUCACAUUCUCAACCCCGAAUCCAGGUCUGUCUUUCAUUUUCCCCACACAUUAAUAUUCCAUGUUUUUGUAAUUUAUGACUUUCACUUGUUACUAGCUUUAAGAUUUUUGCGAUUAUUGAAUAAGUGUGAACAUGAAUAUUUAUUUAAAAAUAAAUUUAUUCUAUAUU